GUAUUUCCAGAAACUGCUCUAUGGAAAUAUGAAGGAGCGUUCGAUGGAGAGAAUCCCUCUUUCCAACUGUGAAUGCAGACAGUCUGAAAGUGCUGAUCGGUUACAUGCAUGGGGUCCCUUUUUCCUGGAACGAUGAAAGUUCCCCGGAAAGUUUGGUCGACGUUUACCUCUUGGCGGAGCAGUAUCAGGUGUGUAGUUUGUGCGAAAGGGUCGUACUCUUUGUGUCCACCCUGCCCUGUGAGCCAAAACUGAAAUUUCUGCUCAACGCGGCAGUGGAAAGGCGAGCAGAAGGAUUGUCCCAUGCUGCAGCAAUGGUAAUGGUCAACUCCAUCUGCUCUGAUAAUGAAGACUUCAAGUUUGAGGGGUUGAGAAAGGAGACAAUUGUGUAUGUCCUGACGAGCGUGGAGCUUCCACCACAUAUCACAGAGACUGAAAUUGCAGAUGCACUGCUUUGUCCACUACCCAAUGACCUCGACCUCAGUUGCGUCCAACACAAGAACGCUAAGACUUCCCCCCCGCCUGCGGCAGUAGUUAUCGAUUCCAGUGCUGAGGAGGGAAAUCAGGAGGGAGGAGGUUGCUUAUCGAGGGAGGAUGUGCAGGAGAUCUUCGAAAAUCAUAUCGACCUUCCUUUUAUCAAAACCUGGCUUGUGGAGCAGAAGAUCGAGCCCUUGCAAAUCUUGAGGCCAGAGGUACUGGCUGCAUUGCGCAGAGUGCAGGCCGUCUGCCUUUCAAGAGGUAUGACACCCGGAUCAUUGUUUGUGAUGCCAUGGCGUUCCAUGGUUCCCAAAGUUUCCGUUGCACCAGCUAAAACAGCAGAAAAUGAGAUUUCUGCUGCUUACGGAAUCGUCGAUUUCCCGGGACUAUGGUCCUUUUAUCCAGAAUCCAGUUUCGAGGGUGGAGUACUGACGCCUCAAGGAGACUCAGUGCGGUGUCCUCUUGAUUCAUAUUUGACUGGGUUAGCAGUAUUGAAGCUACCUCUCUGCACUGGCAGGCAUAGAUGGAGAGUCCGCCAGCUGCAGCCAUGCAAAAUAUUUGCUGCUGGAGUCGUUUCUCUUCCGACCAAAGAGUUUUCAGCUACUCCAGAGCGCUCAGCUACUCCAGAGCCCAAUGCAUAUUGGUCACUGCACAGUGAUGGCUCCACUGUCGACAUGUCUACACGGAUUGGGUCAUAUAAGACGUACGGCGGCGACUCACUCCUUGACGGGUUUGACAAGGAAGGAGGGGCUGUUGUCGUGAAUCUCGACAUGCAUUCUCGGUCGUUGUCUUUCGCCAAUGAUCUUCAAUUUGAUUGCAGCAAUCGUGACAGAAAAAGAAGUGAUCUUCACCUUAAUGGCCUCCCUCGUGAUGACGCAUUGUAUCCGGCGAUGUGGAUGCCAGGGCCAGGUUUUGCCAGGAUAGAAUGGAUUUGGAGUGGUCCAUGAAGAGAGCUUAUAAUUGGAUAUCAAGCAUGCUGCACAACGGAACUUUGAACCCGUGACUCCCAUGCGAG